AUGGGUGGCGAUUUGAACCUCAAGAAAUCAUGGCACCCCGUGCUCAUGAGCAACCAAAAGAAGGUAUGGGAGGAAGAAAAGAAAGCGCUAGAAGAGCGCAAGAAGAUUGAUCAGAUCAUGAAAGAACGGGCCGAAGAGCGAGCAAUCCAGGAACUUGAGGAUCUACAGGAGGCCGCUGGUGGAAGAAAGAGACAAAGUCGAGUUGACUGGAUGUACAAUGGACCUUCUAGCGGCCAGGCUGGCACUACUGAAGAGAUGGAAGGAUACCUGCUCGGCAAAAGGCGGAUAGAUGGUCUAAUCAAGGGCUCUGAAAAUCAGAAGCUGGAGAAGUCGGCGACCGAGGAGUCCUUCAUGGCCCUGCAAAAUGCGAAUACUGCUCGAGACACGGCUGCGAAGAUCAGAGAAGACCCGAUGCUAGCGAUCAAGAAGCAAGAGCAGGCGGCGUACGAGGCUAUGAUGAAUGAUCCGAUCAAGCGGAAGUUAUUGUUGAAGGCUGCAGGCAGAGAAGAUGAUGGCCGUGAAAGAGAACACAAGCGGAGAAAACACCACCACCAUCACCAUCACAGGCACCGUGACGACCGUGACAGAUCUGAGCGGGCGCGACCAAAUCGAGACGAUGAGGACGAGCGCUAUGGGAGAAGCAGGCAACGCCGACGGAGAUCGUAUACGCCUUCGGAAUCUCGGUCCCGGUCGCCUCCUCGGAGGACAGCGAAGCCACGCUCGCGGUCUCCCUUCCGAAGAAGACGGUCAGCUUCUCCAGCAGAAAGGCGCCGACCAAGGUCUCGAUCUCGGUCGUACUCUCCGCCUCGACGGAACGGCCACAGCUAUGGGGUUCGGAAGAUGCAGAGCUGGCAUUCUUCAAGGCCGGAGCGAGUCCGAUCUCGAAGUCCACGUCGUAAAGAACAAGCAGAGAAUAGCGACGCCGACGAUAGAGCAGCAAGACUCGCAGCCAUGCAACAGGAUGCAUCAGAGCUACAAAACGAGCGACAACGAAGGCUGGCUGACAUUGCAGAGCGAGAAAGAGCCGACCGGGAGCGAGACGAUGCUGCUCGGGCGAAGACCGCGAAGCACGGCGGGCGUGCGGAUUUCGUCGACAGUUUCCACAAGAAAGCUGGAGAUUUAACACUCGGAGAGCGUAUGGGUCGGAAUGGAACGUCGCGGAGAGAAGAAGACGAUUGA